AUGCCUUCCGCGCCCUCCGCGGCGGCCCGACGGUUCGGGCGGGGUCGCCCGCCGGAGAUUUUGCAGACGCUCGUCUCGCUGGGGCCUCACCCAUCGCAAGGGCUGGUCUUUGAUGCUUGCAAGCCGUGCUUGAGGUUUUGGCGCGGCAACCCUAGAGCGGUCACCACCGUUUUAACCGGCUUGGCCAAGCGCGCGUUAUGGGAUGUCUCUGUGAAAGUGAUGCGCUUCCUCCUGGAGUACGAGGUCAGCAUGAAUCACUUCCACGUCACCAGUGUUUUGAGCGCCUGUGAGAAGCGCGGCAAGUGGGACUUGGCUCUGCAGCUGCUCGAAGACACCCAGCGGCACCUGGUGCCAGCAUCAGAAGUCACCUACAACGUCGCCAUGAGUGCGUGCGGAAAAGGUUCUCAAGCGGACCAGGCGCUGGAGCUCCUCCAAACGAUGAAGCUGGAACAGUUGACACCAGAUGAUGUCAGCUACAGUACUGCGAUCAGCGCCUGUUCAUUUGGCGGGCGUUGGGAAAUGGUCUUGACACUGUUGGAUGAGAUGCUGGUGAAGGAUCUCCCCACCAGCAGUUUGACCUAUGGAAGUGUCCUGACCGCCUGCGGCAACGCGAAGCAGUGGCAAAGAGCUUUGGCCAUUUUCAGGAAGAUGGGCGACCGUGUGGAGCAGGUGUGCUACAGCGCCUUAAUCAGCUCCUGCGAGAAAGCCUCGCGUUGGGACAUGGCCAUGCAGAUGCUCGAGGAGAUGUGCGACCUGGCCAUCGAGAUGGACGAGGUUCCCUUGAACAGUGCCAUCAGCGCUUGCACCACGAGUUCUCGCUGGCAGCAAGCCUUGCAGCUGACGCUCCAAAUGGAGGAUUCCCAUGCACCCAACGGCAUCAUUUGGGGCACGGUGGCCGCCGCUUUGCCCGAUCCCUCGAGCCGCGCGCGCUUGGGCCAGUGGCUGCUGCACCACUGGCGGCCAUCGCGGGUGGAGCAGGUCCAAGUGAAGAUGAAGGACUUUAAGGCCGACGACAAUGGGCUGCGAGUGGUGCGUCCACUGGGUGCGGGGCUCUUGGCCUUCUUCAAGCCCAGUGGUGUCAGCACUGAGGCGGUCAAACCAGUGGUGUGCCCAACGGGAAAGCUGGUUCUCGGGCAUUCGACGAGCUGCGACUUGCCCCAGUAG